AUGCCCCCGCGAGCACGGAAGAGAAGAGCAUCUGCUACGGAGAGCAACGGUACCGAAGAUGCACCUCCCAGGAAGACAACCAGGGCUCCCAGAAAACCAGAUGCGAGGGGAACAAACCAACGCAGGGGCAAGAAUUUUAUGCGCGCAACGAACGCUUCUUUCAACAAGAGGCGAAGGGUUUUCUCUGUUGAAGCCAAGAGCCGGAUCAAGAAACACUGUUCCGACUUUGUGAAGUUCAUCGAUAAGGAGACUCAUACACUGGCUCCUCGAAUUGGCCUCGAAAUUUUGAGAAAAGAUAUCUUUCCAGAUCUUGCAGGCGUUCUUCCCUGGACGAGUUCUUCCUCGGCUCUCCAGAGACAGAGCACCCAACAUUACCCAAAGAUGAUUCUCAAAGCACUCGACAAUUUACAGAAUGAUGUUAGGACCUACGAAGGCCUAGUCAAACAAGACAACAAGAUCCGAGCACCGAACUGGAUGCGCUGGCAACAAGAUAUCAAUGACCUGGAGGAUGUGAGCAAGCACAGUCUUGCGAUAGCUUCGAAGAUGAUAAAUCAUUUCAUUAUGCCUGAUUCACAUGAACUUCCUCCCAAACCUUCUGAGGGCGCCGGCGGAGUUGAGCAUGUAGCAUGGGAUCUGAUUGAGGAGGCUCUACCAAAGAUGCCUGAUGAUAUAUGGGGGAAGAUUGCGCAGGGUCAUCUGAAGGCGUUUACUGGGUUUUACGAAGACAUCUAUUCCAUGUCUUUCAUCAAUUCUGCUACCAACUCGGAUGACUUAUCCCUGUCACAGCCAAAGGAUGCGACACGUGACCGUGCACAGACCACGUCGAGGGCUAGCUCAUCGCUUAACCCACAGGCCACAAUUUUCCCACGGAAAGUUGGAUUUCAGUGGUUCCUUCUCUUUUCUGAAAAUCUUCGACCUCCUACUAACCACCAGGACCUCGACCAAGCCGCCAAGAUGGGUGCCCUCAAGUACGUCGAAGAGCUUCAGAAGAAGAAGCAGUCGGAUGUCGUUGCCUUCCUCCUCCGAGUUCGCUGCUGGGAACUCCGUCAAUUGAACGUCAUCCACCGCGCCUCUCGCCCCUCCCGUCUGGACAAGGCUCGCCGUCUCGGAUACAAGGCCAAGCAGGGCUAUGUUAUCUACCGUGUCCGUGUCCGCCGUGGUGGCCGCAAGCGCCCUGCUCCUAAGGGUGCCACCUAUGGCAAGCCCACCAACCAGGGUAUCAACCAGCUGAAGUACCAGCGAUCUCUCAAGGCUACCGCUGAGGAGCGUGUCGGCCGCCGAUGCGCUAACCUCCGAGUCCUCAACUCCUACUGGAUCAACCAGGACUCUACCUACAAGUACUACGAGGUCAUCCUCGUCGACCCUCAGCACAAGGCCAUCCGCAUCGACCCCCGCAUCAACUGGAUCGUCAACCCCGUCCACAAGCACCGCGAGUCUCGUGGUCUCACCGCCACCGGCAAGAAGUCCCGUGGUCUCAACAAGGGCCACCGCUACAACAAGACCCAGGCUGGCCGCAGAAAGACCUGGAAGCGCCACAACACCCUGUCCCUGUGGCGAUACCGAUAA